AUGAUUACCAUGGAGAUGGUCUGGUCUGCUUUACGAGAUAAGGUGCGUUUCGUGAUUAUUGACAAUGACAAUCUACGAUACAGUGAUAUGGUGCCCUACGUAUCCCAGGCUAUCAAAACAACAAACUAUGAGGUUCACUUUGUCCGACCCAGGGGCCUUUCUGAAUACCCUGUCAAUGUCCUUGCUAGGCGUAACCGGCGCGGUUUAAGUGAACAGGAUUUGCUUGAAAUGCAGACGAAUUUUGAGACAUUCCUCACUGUUGAUGAAUUUGUCGCUGAUCUGAAGUCCCAAAAUCAUCCACCAUAUCCCAGUUCCAGCAUUAGCCUCAAUCUUCCUCCACUCUCUUCGCUGCAAUCUUCUACUACAUCAAAGUCCUCAUCCAACGACGCGCUCAAAGGAGCACCAAGUGUUGACGAAUUGACUGACAAACUAUUAGCCCAUUCUUCGCCACUUUCAACGGAAGAGGGAGCGCAAACGUUUGAGGAGAAAUUGGAUCAUCUCAGGUGUAUUUAUCCUGCUCAUAAAGUUUCACGUCUAAAGGCGGCUCUUGAAGAAGCAAAUGGCGACGUGGCUUAUGCCAGCGCACUUAUCUACGAUGGCUGUGAAUUCGAGUCAGGGUUGGAAUGUGAUGAAAGUGAGGUUAUCGGAAGUAACUCCGGUGUCACAAAAUCCCCAUGGCAUGAGGUUGCAAAGUAUAUCAUUGACAACCACCCUUCAACUGAACUCAUUGGCAUCCCCAUGGAGCAAUUUAAUAAUUGGGAGCCUGAUGAACACUUGUUGAAGCAAAUUCGGUUAAGUCUUCUUAAACAUGGUUGUCGUGAUAAAAGCUCCAGUAAGAAGCAGUGUAGGAAGAAGAAUAUUGGAGGGGAAUUUUCUGCUAGAUAUGCCGAUGAUUUACCAAAGUCGAACGUUGAAGAGGAUCUGGCACUUCAAAAGGCGGUUAUUGACUCUAUUAAACCGUUUUACGAGGUCUUUCAUGAUCCUGAAGUUCAAACAAAUCUGAGAGAACUUGAGAGAGCCUAUCCCUCGGUCAGUCGAGAAGCCAUCAAAGAAGUUAUUGUUCGUUGCGACUAUUUGGAAUUGCAGAGGUCAAGAUUACUGGAUAACUUUGCUGAAUUCCCUCCUAAUUUACCAGGGACUGGAUUGAAGGGAACAGUUGGGAGCACUCUGUUCCGGUACCACCAAAUUUCAAAUGGUCUAAAGACAAUGGUCACUAAAUAUGAAACCUCGAAGUAUGAGGGGAUUACAAGGGGAGAAGGCAGGAAGAAACGAUUGGAGAAGCUGACUGUUGGAGUUGACCGGUUUGACAUGGAUCGAGCGAAGGUGUGUCUUGAUUUCAACUUACUGGACGCCAAGAGCUUUCACGAAGCCACAGACACUACACUGUCUCUUGCCAAUCUUCAAUACGAAGAAUUAAGAGCUGCUCGAUUCGAAAUGGUAUAA